UAUACGCAUGCUCCUGUAGCUCGCUGUACAGUGCGUGGUUCUGUGCUUUUCCUCCCACACCAUAGAGAGGAAGAGCUGGAGUGGCUUGGCAGUUUAUCAGCGGACGGUACCAUAGAGAAGUCGUUACGUAGGAGCCAAGUCUAGAGAAACGUCUGUGCGGCCUGGUGCCCGGCAGUUCAGGACAGAGCACGGGAGGUGUGAAACCCUCCCUCUGUCCAGGACAAGCCUUUCCUGCUUUUGUCUUUACAAAUAACCCCGAAAUUGCCAGAUAUUCCACCAAAAUGCCAGCUGCCGUGGUCGACAACAGUCAAGUGAUCUGUGAGGUGUGGGCCGUUAACCUGGAGGAGGAAAUGCGUAAGAUAAGAGAGCUUGUCCGCACCUAUGGAUACAUUGCAAUGGACACAGAGUUUCCUGGUGUAGUUGUGAGGCCGAUCGGGGAGUUUCGAAGCACUAUAGAUUAUCAGUACCAGCUCCUGCGCUGCAAUGUAGAUUUACUAAAGAUUAUACAGCUAGGUCUCACAUUCAUGAAUGAGAAAGGGGAGUACCCACCUGGAACCAACACGUGGCAGUUUAACUUCAAAUUUAACCUCACGGAAGAUAUGUAUUCUCAGGACUCCAUUGAUCUGCUGGCUAAUUCCGGCCUUCAGUUCCAGAAGCAUGAAGAUGAAGGUAUCGACACUCUGACGUUUGCAGAGUUACUCAUGACCUCUGGAGUGGUUCUGUGUGAUAAUGUGAAGUGGCUGUCAUUCCACAGCGGCUAUGACUUUGGAUACAUGGUGAAGCUUCUAACAGACUCUCGGCUUCCAGAGGAGGAACAUGAAUUUUUCCAUAUAUUAAAUCUUUUCUUCCCAUCCAUUUAUGAUGUCAAAUAUUUAAUGAAGAGCUGCAAAAAUCUUAAGGGUGGUCUGCAAGAGGUGGCCGAUCAGCUAGAUCUGCAGAGGAUUGGUCGACAGCAUCAAGCAGGGUCUGACUCUCUUCUAACCGGCAUGGCAUUCUUCCGUAUGAAAGAACUAUUUUUUGAGGACCAUAUUGAUGAUGCCAAGUACUGUGGACGCCUGUAUGGGCUGGGGACAGGAGUAGCCCCCAAGUCGAACGAGGAGGCAGAGGAGAAAAUAAGCAUCAUGUCUCUCAUAAACAAUGGACAGCAAUGAGAUGCCUAGCACUUGGCUUCCUAUCUCCUGAGAAUGAGCUACAUCAUCUUCCUAUAUUCUCCAUGUCUUGCAGAGAUCCUCUUGGCUCAUAGCUUCCACAUGGCAAUGUUCAGAGCCAGCUGUACAGUAAACGGCUGUAGAGAUGCCUAUGUAUACAAUUAUUGUGCCAGAUAUGUCACAUUUUCAUUCUUUUAAAACUUUUAUUCAAGACGUCAACAUCUUACAAAAAAAAUAAAAAAUGCUAAUGUAGUAAUCCUCAAAAAUGACCACUUCUCCACACGUGACCAAAUUUGUGGGCUGUGGCUUAUAUGGACACCUUAACCCUUGCAGACACUUUCUUUGCUUUUAGUGUGGGUUGUUUAACUGCAGCAUUGUGAGAAUCUCUUUGACCAGUGUUUGUCCUCAUUGCUUCCAUUUCUGCAAAGCCUAAGCACCUUUAAAGAGGAUCCCCUCUGUCUCUUCUGUCCUGGCGGGGGAAUGUAGCCAUUGACUCUUCAUUGGUUAUGCAUUCCUGCUUCAGCUUAGUUGUGGUAUUGUGGCAUCUGUCAAUUGCUAUGAUAUUCACUAUUCAGGUAUGUUUAUAGCUGCAUUGGACAUUCCAGUGAAUAUCCAACUGCAUUUUUUUUUGCCUGCACGCCCCAAAAAAGACUGCAGAAGAACCCAAUUAAUAUUCUCUUAACGUAACAAAUAUGGCCUUCACCAGAAAAUCUAAGAGCAGGGGCGGCCUUUAGAAGGUAAAUCUAAUAUUCUAAAUGUGAUGCUGUUCUCUUGGUCCAGUUGACAAUCUUCAGACUGUGCUCACAUAAUUAGAUUAUCGAUAAAAUUGGAUAUUUUCCUAAAAUACUCGACCUCAAACUUCAAUUUCUGUGCAUUAAUGGAGACGUAAGCAAAGGUAUGGGUCUUACUAACUUGGAUAUUAGCAUGCAAAUUUGAUUUGAGACACAUUACAGUGAAACACCAACUUCACAACCAUUUUUUAUUGCUUCAGUGCAUUUAAAAUAGAAAAAAAAAAAAAAGUCUUAUGCCUCAUUCACACAUCGGUGUUCGGUCAGUGAUUUCUAUCAGUGAUUUUGAGCCGAGAACAGGU